CCCAGACCUUGAAAAGUGGGCUAGUAGAGAGGGCAAACAGAGAUUCUCCAAAUAUGGACAAUCAGUCUGGUACAACACAGGAUAAGCCUUCUCUGGAAGAGAUUGCUUUAAGAUUCUUACCUACUGGGCAGAGGUGUACUGUGGACAGGAUAGGCAGGAAGAAGCUAUGCAGUGUGUCUACAGAGCCAAAGAUCUUCUUUUCGGGCACCUAAAAGAGUCACAGGCAAUGUAUCUUGGAUACUUGUGUUACAACUUUGGAGUAAGCGCUUAUGAAAAGAACGAUUAUCUGCACUGCAUCUUCUGGUUAAGAGAGAGCUAUGACCUGGGAAAAACUUCGGGAAUGUCCAACAGGGCCAAGGCUAAAACCCUGAGAUUACUGGCAACUGCCUACUUAGACGGGAAAGACACAGGCUAUCUGGAAAAGGCUCUCAGCGCUGUCACUUUGGCGAACACCGAGUUUCAGCAUCCUGCAGGACUGUUCUUAUGGAUACACAUUCUUCUUGAGUCUAAGAAGGACCAAUCAGUUAUCAAAGCUGGUGUAAAUGAACUACUUCAACAUAGUGAGUGCAGCAUAGACAUCUGUCAUAACCUUCUCCUUCUACUUCAGCAAUACAGUGCAGACUUGGAGGGGUGUCCCUUCUCUGAAACUGCUCUUCUGCGAUAUCAGAACAGUCCGGAGUACGGACACUUGAAAGUAGCUUAUCUCAUGCUCAUUUUAAGGUUCAGUGUUAACGACGCCAAAUUGUUCGCUAGAGACAGCAUCAUAGCUGAAGGGCAGAUACGCGGACGCUCUUGACUGGUAUAACUACUCGCUCAGUCUGCACAACACCAGCGGAGAAGACUUGGUUCAGUCUAACUUAGUCAAACUACACAGAAACAG